AUGGUGGCCCCGGUGGGCAUCAAGGGCGACGGCCCUUGGUCUUUGGCCGUCAUGUGGUUGUUGGCUUCGCUCGUGUUCUUCUUCCUGAUUCUACGGUUCUACACUCGCGUUGUCUGUCUCGCCUCGUACGGCCUCGACGACCACGUUUACCUUGUCGCCUUUAUAUUUUUGCUGAUUUUCACCAUCUUCACAACGCUUGCGGGUAACUAUGGCUUUGGGCAAACGAUGGAAGAGAUAGGGAGCAUGGACGCCGUUGUUCAAGCGACACUGUACGAAUGCAUUGGCCAAGGUUUCGCCAUUGUCGGUAUGGCAAUUGCGAAAGCAUCACUCGGCUUCUUCUUGCUUCGCCUGGUUACCAUCACCUGGCACCGCAUCGCCAUUUGGUCUGCCAUGACGCUGGUUAUGCUGGCCUCGAUCGCCCAAGUCCUCUGCUUCUGGCUCUCCUGCGUCCCACUCGAUUUUGUCUACGACCGCCGCAUCCCAGGCGGCUACUGCCCCAUCGACACCCGGCCGACGUCGUACAUCCUCUGCAUUUCCACCAUCUUGGUCGACUUCUUCUUUGCCAUCUUCCCCUGGAUCAUUGUGUGGCCGCUUAAGAUGCCGCAACGAGAAAAGUACACCAUCGCCGGCAGUAUGAGUCUCGGCUUGAUCGCGGCCGCCGCCGGCAUCAAACGCACCACCGAAGUCGAAGGGCUUUACACCCCCAACUACCUCAAGGACAGCGUCGGCUUGAUCGUCUGGUCCGCCGCCGAGAUGUCCAUCACCCUAAUCUGCAUCGGGAUCCCCGUAUGCCGACCUCUCUACAAGCGGGCCUUCCGCCGCCUCUUCGGCGAGACCUCGUCGGCCGGCUACCAGAAACAAUCCGGGGACGGCGGUGGCGGCGGCGACAACCAGAGCAACUCGGUCCCACUGCGCACCAUCGGCGGCGGCCUCGUCGGCGCCGACGGGAAGCCCAUCGCCGGCUCCAAGAAGCACCACCCCAGUGCGAAUAACUCGCGCAAUAAGUCCGGGCUGGAUGAUACCUGUGUCGAUAAGACCACGAAUGGGAGUACGGAUGAUGUCAGCUUUAGUGAUGUCAAGUUGGGGGUGGGGGGUCCGUUUACGCGGACGACGGUAGGGAGGGGGCGGAGGGAGAGUGGGGAUAAUGCGUCCGAGGAGGAGAUUCUGGGGGAUGAGUUCCGCCGGAGCCAGAUACAGACUGGACGGCGGUCGGAUGAGGAGCGGAAUACGUCGUCGGGAGGGUCGAGUGGGAGGGGACACCCUAAUACACAUGGACAGGUUGGGCACAACGGGAUUAUGGUUACGGAAACCUACAGGGUUGAGAGGUCUUAA